UCAGGAGUGCCUCUCACUGGCAGCAAAGAGCCAAGAGACUGACAUUCCCAGUGCCAGAAAGUCCUAUUGAUCUUUGACCCUCUGCUCCUCCUCCUUCCUUUCUUCCCUGCUGGCCUCUCCCUCUGUUCUCUGUCUCCUCACUUCCUUGACACCCUUGCUCUGACCGGUGGUGUUUCCCAGAUCCUUGCUCACGCCAACCCUUCUUCCAUGCUGUCUUCAAGCCCUACUUCUUGCACAUCUCCCAGCCCUGAUGGGGAGAACCCAAUUAAGAAGGUCCAGUGGACUUCUGGGAGGAGGAGGACGUCAUCCACAGACUCAGAGUCAAAGUCCCAUCUCGACCCCUCUAAAGUGCCCAGGUCCCGGAGACCCAGCCGCCUGACGGUGAAAUAUGACCGGGGCCAGCUCCAACGCUGGGUGGAGAUGGAGCAAUGGGUGGAUGCCCAGGUUCAGGAGCUCUUCCAGGAUCAACCAACUCCUGAGCCUGAGAUCGACCUGGAGGCUCUCAUGGAACUAUCCACAGAGGAACAGAAGACUCACUUGGAGGCUGUUCUCCAAAACUGUCCCCGCCCUACAGAGCCUUUUAUCUCUGAGCUGCUCAGUGAACUCAAGAAACUCCGGAGACUCAGUCGGCCUCAGAAAUAAGCCUUAUGAGACUACUGUCAGCAGCCUCAGCACUGCCAGGCCUGCCCUGAACCUCUGAAUCCUGGGCUGAGAGGGCAAUGGCCCUUUGGGACACUGACAAGGAACAUGGAAGAUGAGGAGGGACAUUUGGACACCCCUAGUAUAUGUGCAGUU